UAAUACUGCACAAUUACCAAUAUUAAAAACAUAAAACUUGUCCGAUCAAUGUGACCAAGAAAUAAAAUAACAAGUGAAACAAAAAUAGAUAUAAUACCGGGAUUUUAACUAACAACAGGGAUUUUUUUUUCUAGAAAAUCCAAGAACAAGAAAAAACCCAUGGAAUGUGACUGAAAUAAAUGUAAAUAUCUGGGAAUAAAUAAUUACUGGAGAGGAGAUAUUAAAUGUACACUGGUAAAGUGCUACUGAGUUUUGACAUCUGAGGGCAGCUGACUAUUUCAUUAAUAAGGACAUAAGCACCGAGACCAAUAUUCAGAUAGAUCAAUACAUGUGCUAACACAAGAAAAGGUAAUUAUUGGCUAUGAUCUGGUGACUGACUUGUCCAGUCGAAGAUCAGUGAAAGAAUAUUGGCAUAUAUGCCACAGGACUGGACUGAAACUGUAUUUUCAAAGGAAAGUUGAACUGUUUUCACAUCUUCACAGGACAGUUAUAUAUUUUUCAAAGGAUUGGAUAAACAAGUAUAUUUUAAAUAUUUUUCACAGGACUGGAAGUACCCCAUUAAUACUUUUCACAGCAUCAAUAUAGACUUCCUCAGCAGACUGACUGCAUAUACAGACUCGUUUUGUGUACAAAAGAUACCACCUUUUUGGAGAAAAUGGAGGAGAUAGGGAAACAGUUUACAGGAACCUGGGUUCACACUCAGGAUGACCUACUUCCGAACUUUUUUGAUGCUGUUGGGGCCUCUGAAGAAGAGAAGCAGUACAUGUUGGGCAGUACACCAAAGUUGUCAUUUACUGUCGAUGGUGACCACGUCAAGACGGAAAAUUCUCCCUACCCUAUCACCAAGCCAGAAGAAAAUGCAAAAUGUGACUUCAAACUGAAUGAGGAAUUCACGUUUGAACAUAAAGGAUUUGUAUUAAAGAUUACAGUAGAUUGGAAAGAUGGACAAUUGAUUCAGAAUAUAACUCCAGUCGACAGCCAUAUUUGUCCACAUAUUAUAGAACUUCAUAUCAAUAACAGGGGACAACUCAUCCAGGUAUACAAACUUACAGAUGCAAAUGGAAAAGAAGUGAAAGGAACAAGAACGUUCCGCAAGGAGGACCAGGAAUCAUGACACGCAUUACAAUCAUAAAGACUUCGAUGAUUGUCUUCUGUUUCUUUAUUUGCAAAAAAAAGCCCAUAAAGAAAUUGCGUCCAAUCUGACAAUUGUAUAUCAGCGCUAAUUUCCAUGUGUGAUCAUAUAGUCCAAUUCCAUACCGUGUUGCAUCAGUUCUCCUUUUUGUUUCUCAUUCGGAUUCCUUGCUAAAUAAAUUAUUUAACAACACUGAUUUUCUGCAAUAUUAUCAGAAUGACAAGUACUAAAAUUUUCUUUUACAUAUUUGUUUCUUCUUUGCAAACAAAGGGUUCUAUUUUGGUCCCCUGGUAAAAUGUCUUUGGACUCAGUCCAACAACUGAUCAAAGAGAAUGGAAAACAAAGUACAGCACCCUUGAAGUUUCAAGAAGUAACUUGUUCAUCUCAUUAAUAUUCAUAAAUUGUUAAAAAAACAAUCAAAACAAAAUACAAACAAGAAUACAUGGUAUUCAACUUGAAAUGUUAAGCUGCACAUAUAAUUUAUAAGAUAUAUAUUAUAUUAUUACUGGUAUAUGAUACAUAUAAAAUAAAAUUUCUUUUUCUGCCGCUGCAAUUAGCAAAUCAAUCCUCUAUCUAACAAUUAACCUAACUUUAAUAUUGUUGCUCCUUUUAACAUAUGGUUUGAAAAAUAAUGAUGUUUUUGGUUUAUAUAGUUCUUACAAAUUUGUAAUGAUUCCUUUUGUUUGUUUUUUUUCUGUUUCUUCCAUGUAUAUUACUUGUAAUAAAGAAAACUUGAAAUCU